AUGUAAAUUUCUCCAAAGGAAAAUCCUCCUGUUGGUAUCUAUGAUGAUUUGAUUAUUAAUUUAGAUACAGGAAGCAUCGUUUAGGAAAUUUAUAGAGAAGAAUAUAUUCCAGUUCAAUAGAUUUAAAGAAGAGAGGAGGAUGCAGUAUUUAUUGAUGAAAACCCUUAAAUUGUGUUGGAGAAACUCAUGAAGCUAAAAGAUUGCCAUUACAAAGAGAGACUUGCUUUUACUAAAAGAUUAGGAGAACUAAUAUCAUGGAUAGGGGAUUCUGCAAUUGACAAUUUAAAUACGAUCAUUCAGCAGAUAUUAGAAGAUGCUGAUGAAAUUAAGAAAAAUUUUAUUGCCCAAUUAGAGUAAAUCUGUGUGCUUUUAAAGACCAAAUAAAACAGUUAAGAACUCAUAAAACAACAUGUAGUUAAGGCUCUAUAGGAAUUGUUAAAAUCUAAUAAUUUUGAUAUCAAAGAAUAGGCAGGAAAUUCUAUAAGCAUAGUUGCCAAAGAACUAAAUGAAAGAGACAGAGGAAAUCUCAUUCUGACCCAAGUUAUUCAGAUGGCUCAUGAUGACAACAACGACGAGAAUGUUAUAAUUGCCGUUAAAUUAUUCGGUUAACUGGCUGCAGAUUUCGGACCUGAAUUGUCGGAGUCAUUCAUCGCCUUGGAAAUCCUAUCCAAAGGAGAUGAUGCCAAACAACCAAUACGCAAAGAGGCCGUUCUUCAAUUGGCUAACAUAGCUAAAGUUCUCUCUAAGGAUUUCAUUAAACAUAGACUAAUCCCAUUCUUCUCUAAGAAAACUGAAGAGAGAACCUGGUAAACAAGGAAGGCCUGUCUUGAUAUCAUAGUUAGAUUAGCUGAGCAGACAGACACAGAAAAUUUUGAUUUGAUAACUGGAAGGUUACUGGCAUUAUUAGAUGAUUAAAAUAAAUGGGUCAAAUAGCACGCAUACAAAUAAUUAGGCAAAUACAUAUCAAUAAUCACUAAAUCAGAAAAUAUCAAUGAUAAACUUUUAGAAUUCUAUUUGAAGAUGAAUGAUUCUGACAUUAGAGAAUUGGGAAUCGAUAAUGAAAUCGUUAUUGAAUGUGCAUUGUAUUUCCCAGCUGUCCUCUAAGUGUACACUGAGAAAAAGUGGCCUCAACUUAGCAAAUUGUUUAUGAAAUUGAUUAAUCAUAAAGAUAAGAGUCAAAAAACCUUUGGCUUGUAGUAUACAUGUUUGGCCUACUCAGAAUUGCUCAAAGUCUUGGAACAAUUGCUACAAGAUCCCAAUGAUGAAAUCAAACACGGGGCAGUUGAGAACCUGAGCUUAUUUUUUGAUGCCAUUGAAGAAUCUAAGAGAGCAUCUCUGAUUGAUAUUUUACUGAUUAUUUAGAAGGACUAAAAGAAAUGGAGAAUCAGAGAACUAAUUGCUAAAUAAAUUUCACACUUGGCUCAAGUGUUUGAUGUUGAGACUGUAUUUUCUAUAAUACUUCCAGUUUCAACUAAAUUGUGUAAUGAUAAUGUUUAUGCUGUUAGAAAAGCAGCUGCCAAACAAAUCUUUGAACUUUAUGAUAAAUUUCAAAAAAGUCAAAACGAAUUAUAUUUCAGUGUUCUGAAAUAAAACAUUCUAGGUUUUGCCAAUAGUAAUAUGUUCAAUUAAAGAUAAAGUUUUGUCAUCAUGUGUGAAAAACUAAUGAAAUACGAAUAGUUUCAAGUUGAUUUUCUUGAAGCUUUCAUAAAUUUGGGAUAGGAUCCAAUCAAGAAUGUCCGUAUUUCAGUUGCUAAAGUUCUUCAGAAACACUUAUUUAAACCAAAAACAUCAGAAAAAGAUGGUUUGUUUAGAGAUUAAACUUCUAUUUAAACUCUUUGGAAUUUAUUGACUAAAGAUAACGUUGUAUUGAACUCUUUAAAUAACAAGAAGUAUCCCAUCACAAAUUAAUUAAAAAGUCAAAUAACUUAAUUGACCUAAAGUUAAGUUAAACUCCAACAACCAGAAUAACCACAAAUACAAUAGUAAUAACAACAACAAUAAUAAUAAUAAUCAUAAACUUUAGCUGAUGAAGAAUAAUAACAAGAAAGUGGUUCAGUUCCUGAAUAAAAUUAAGUAGCUCAAAAUCAAGAAAUCAUGAUUUUAGAAGAACAAUUUGAAAAGAGCAAUCAUAUUGAACAAAAUACCACUAAUAUUGAAUAAGUAGCAUAAUAAGAAGAAGAAGAAAUUAAAUAAGUUAUUGAUAACACUGAAAAUGUCGUAGAGGAAAAUAACUUUGAGGAGAACCAAUAAAAUCAAAUUUAAUUGGAAUCAGAAUUAAAUGAAGAAAAAUAAGAAAUCGAAAAUUAAUAGGAACAAGAAUAAUAACAAAUUGAGUAAAAAGAAGAAGAGGACAAUUCUUAAAAUGUUAAGGAAAAUGAAGAAAAAGAAAUAGAGUAAGAAUGA